CAGAAUAAUGUUGAUAACAACAGUACACGGCGCAAGCGAUAAGGCGAGCGUCUAUGUUUGUGUGUUUACCAAACUAAACUAAACGCUGUAAGUUGCUUGCUGUUCAAGUUCAAUUCUACCUCUACGUGUUUUUAGAUAUUAUUAUUAGUCGAAGCUUGCGGAUUUUUAAAAAUACUGUCAGGGUAUUUUCAUUUUUUUUUUUCAAACGAGCGCUUAGCUUUAAUUGCAUAAUUAUGUCGGGCGGUGAAGAGGAAACACCGAAUGUGGAGGAAUCUGCUGCAUCGACUAACGAUGAACAACAGAACGAAUCGACCGAGGCGAGUGGCAAUGGCGAGGGCAGCGGUGCCGGAGAUGUGGCUAUUCCUGAAGAAAAAGCUUCAUCCGAUGAAUACAUUCGCUUACGAGUGAUUACUAGUGACAUGACUAAUGAGGUACAUUUUCGCGUUAAGUCUGCCACUGCACUAGGCCGUCUAAAACGUUCAUACUGCAGUAAGCUGGGCUUUCAAGUAGAAGAAUUACGUUUUGUCUUUGAUGGCCAUCGUAUUACUGACGAUGAUACACCUAAGAAAUUGGGGAUGAUGAACGAUGACGUUAUCGAGAUCUACCAAGAAAGAACUGGUGGUAAAUAAUUAUAAUAUGUGCAUUUGUCGCGGAUAUAUAUAUACGUAUGUAUAGUAUUUUAAUUAUUAACUGUAAAAUAACUAUACAAUUUUAAUUUCAAACAUUUGUUGAUAAUACAUUAACAAAGCAGUCAUUAUAUGUAUUUAUACUCUAUUCCAUAUAAAAGCGGUAGUGUGCAGAAACCAAAACACGUCUUUCCUGGCUGCGCAGGCCCUUACGAGAGUGGUACAAUUUGGUUUCUGCGCAUUACCGCUCUUAUAUGGAAUAGAUUAUAAUAUAUAUAUAUAAACAUUUGCCAAAAAGGUAUAUGGAUGAACAAUUUUUUAUUUUACUGUUCUUAAAUAUUUUUAAACUUUACUAGAUGUAUAAAUAUCACACUAUAAUUAUCAAAAAUCAUUUUGGUAAAAGUUUUUGUUUUUUUAUUGUGUAUACAAAUUUAAAAUAAUAUUCCAUUUUAUUAGUAAUAAGCAUGUAACAUAUUUUUGUUGAGAUUAUUUGUCUAUAGUUCACAUUUUGUUGAAAUGUGUUAUACCAUAACUAGUACAAACGUCUUAAUGGAAGUAUCUUAUAAUUAUAAUUUUUUAUUUUAGAAUUUAGCAUUUUACAUUGUAUGUCACACAAUAUUUUGGAGAUACUCAAAACUAGGAAAAUAUAUGAAAAGCACAAAAGUACUGUUAAUUAAAAAGUAUACACAUUA